AUGGCUCGGGGGUGGGGGAAGGUCUUGCUUCCGCAGGCAGACAGGAAGGCGACAAGGUUGGUGAAGAGCUCGAGCAGCCGCAUCGAUGACAGCUCUUUGCCUGCUCAGCUCAGACUCAUUCGAGAGGUCAGAGCGCUGAGUGAGUUGAUCCUACUGAUGGAUAAGGAGAGGAGGCUAGAGGCGAUGGAACGACUGGAGCGAAUACAGUCGGUAGUCGACGAGAUUCUCCCCCUCUUUCGGUCAAACUCAGUCCCUUCGGAUAUCUCUACGUCAGCAUACGACCGGACAAAAGAUGGCCUGCUCAAACAAUGCGCAGAGCAGGAGAAGAUGAUCAAGUUGCUGAGCAACAAGUGUGCAAUGCUUCGCAAAGAUCUUGAUGUUCAGACCAGCGAGCUUGAGAGGUGGAGGCGAGUUGUCGGAGUACAGCCUUUGUCGGCAGCUGAGGUUCCUGAAAGCAAACAAGACAUGCAGCGCGGGGCAGGUGAGAAGACGGCGAGCUUGAGGCAAUUUCAGUCUGCGAUCUCGGUAUGGGAUGAUGAGAAGCUGGUUGCCUCUAGCAAGACCUUACAGUCAACGGCGGAACUCCAGGAUUCUUCCCAUACACAGGAAUUCGAACAAGGAAUUUCCAUCGAUUACACGGAAGAAGACUCUCAUACAGACAACGACUCGAAGAAACAGGAAGAGAGGUCGUCUAUUCUCAAAGAUCUUCUGCCUUUGGGAAAGUUUGACACCAUCGAGAAGUUUAUCUUAGAUGCAUCAAGGUGGAGCAAGAAGAAUAUUGUUUGCCAGGCCACGAGCAUUCUCAUUGUUGCUAUUGCCGAAAAUGGCGCAACCAUCCAAGCAGUUCAACAUGGAACAUUGGUCCAAAGAAGGAUAACUAAGGAGAGUAGACGAGAUGCAAACGAGGGGAUUGUUUUGAAUGCCGCUCGCACUGGGAAGUCUAAGAGGCUGUUUCUGAGUGAAAAGACGGCAGUCAUGAACAUGGACAUCGAUCUGAUAGGCCUAUCCUCUGAGUUGCUUCGCCAUGUGGGCAUGUCGUGUACAGCCCACGUCCUGUCUAUCAACAGGCUACGACACACGUCAGCAUCGGCUUGUUUGAACAAGGAGGUCCUUGAUCUUCACCAACAAAGAGACAAAUAUGAUCUCGCUCGAUCAGCGGCGAUCAGUUUGAAACGUCUGCUUCAGACGGACAGAUCUUUCAUGAGGAUGGGGGGGCAUGAACUUACAACAAGGCUUCUAAUCAGGGACAAGAGUCAAAGAGAAAUCACCUUGCUCUGGAAACCUCAGAACGGCAUGAAAGCUAUCAGGGCGGCCCUCAUGAAGCGAUCGAUACUGAGGAAUGAUGACGAAGUCACAAACCCUUCAGAUCUCACACAGACUUCGAAUGCAAAACCAAGAGAGCCCGCGUCUUGUCUGAUGGUUCCAGCUUUCAACAGAGAUCAAGAGGUUGAAGGCAUUCUCCAGGUCAUGAAGCGAGGCUUGAACUCUCGAUUCGACAAAACUGACGUUCUUUCCUUCUUGUGUUGUGGUGUCAGACUGAGCAAAGCUCGUCAGGUGUGGGUGAUUGAAACUUUAGUUCAGCAUGUGGGAGUAGCUCUCCAGAACAUUGACAUACGAGAAUCAUCUGCGUCGAACUGGCUCAACAAGAUUGAGACUUUCGAGUACAGCGUCAUGGGAUCAGUGGUUUCAGCUAUCAGGACGUUGCUGGAAUGUGAGCAUGUCGAGAUCGUUCCCUUCCUGGAGACUCCGGCGGGUGCCAGGGUUUCACCCUACCUGAUAGAGGAGCAGAAAUUCAUUCCUGCACACCAGCUGAGUGUCACUUCCCUUAGAAAGAGUGCAGCCCAGAAGGUGGCGAUCGAUCGAACCUUGUUCAUCGUGAAAGACAGCGAGACAGCAUCCCGGAUCAGAUCAGUGAAGAUAGCAAAUGAAGUUGCAACCUUUCUAAGGAACUGCAAUGAGUUUGCUAGGGUUCACAAGGAAGUCGAGCGGCACAAGAAUUCUUUGAACAAAUACAUGUCCGAGAUAAAAGUUGAUCAUUGUGCAAUCAUGUCAGUAGGAUCUUACUGUCCCUUUGUUUUGUGUCAUCAGUACGCUGUCAAGUUGUUCAAGAAGACAACUCUCUCAUACAACAUCGAAGAAAGCAUGGUGAAUGCGAUGGCUGCCGAUUUUGCAUGUUUGUAUCUGUAUGACGAGGAGAACAAACUUCUGCGAUGGGUUCCUGUCGGAGUGCAGAAAGAAGAUCUCGACGCGUACAAGUGCCAUGAUACUGGUUUCGCUGCCACGGAGGCGCAGGACUCGGUAGCAGGAGCUGUUGCCCUGAGGGCAAAGAAACUUGAAGUCAGCAAGGGGAAAGUCUUGCACAACAAAGCUGAGCCCAGAUCUUGGUAUCCAGACUUGCUAUACUUCCUUUCAUCAUUCCAAUGUCAGGGGAACGCGUCUGGACCGAUGAGAUCGUUGGUAGCUGGCAGCAUGUUGUGCUAUCCUGUUAUUGGCUCGAAUGGGAAAGUAGUGGGAGUCCUGCAAGUGGCUCGACUGGCUGAGUCAAGUCCUGAGAGUACUUGCACAUGGCCUCAACCUUUCAGCAAGAGGUCGAAGGAAAUCCUUGACCUCGUCAUUGAGUUCCUCCGAGGAUUGUUGCUCAACCUCCUGUGCCAAGUGGAAAAACAAGACCGCCAACCUCAAGUCUCGGGUUUUCCCACGCAGGAAAUUAUUGCGAACGACAGGCUGGUGGUGAAAGUGAUUGCAGGGAAAGGCCGGUUGAUGCAGCUGAAGAUGUUGUACAACAGGGUAUGCUUCAAUAUGGUGCAGAAGACGCAGAAGUGGAUGCUUGCAAAUUUCGAUGCCAAUCAGGUCCUGAUCUACCUGCUAGAUGAACGAGAAAUGACUUUUGAGCUCUUCUAUCAAGACAAGUCGUUCAUUGCAGACUUGGAAUCAGGAUUCGCCUGGCGGGCCAUGAACGAGCGAGUUUUGAAAAACUCCAAAAUCAGUGAAAACAAGUUUGUCAACAAAGACAAGAUUGCAGAUUUUCAGAAGAAGAGAAUCGAAUUUUCUCUCAAUACGGGAAAGCUUUCGGCCCCGGCACUCUUUAUCGAAGCACUUACAGCUGAAUUGGAACGGAGGAUACAUUGCAUGCUCUACAGUGUAUAUAUCUUUGAUGGCAGCGACGCGUGGACGGUUGUUCGAGGCGAGUCAGAGCCGAUCCGGUUCCCCUUUCGAGGCUCGGGCAUUUUCAAUGUCGUUGUUGAUAAUUACUCCACCAUGAAGCAGCCUUUCUACAUCAACAACAAUGCUGCCAACGAUCAAGACUACCACGAUCCGUAUGCAGGCAAUCGAAGAAUCAAGUCAGUCUCUAUCCUCGCGAUUCCCCUGGUAUCGUCUGUCAGCACCAAGAAACGAGGAACUAAGGACCAGGAGCCUGAUGAGCAAGCGGACCCUGCAUUGAUGUCUGUUGUCAAGUCUGCUAUGAACAAUCGAACAGAAGAGUUCUUUGGGGUGCUGGUGCUAACUAAUCGCCUUGAAGAAAGAUCCCGCGUGCAUGCCAUGAAUUGUCAAGCUGAGUUAGGAAGCCAUCGUCUCCUCGAUGCCGAGACUGGCCUCCUUGCCCACCUUCAGUCGAGGGCCUGGAAGAACCAUGGCGACGAGUCGCUGUUCCGAUCGCUCUCGUCCAAGAAGAACGCCAAGGGCCUCAUGAUUCGCAAGUUCACGGACGGGGACGUUGACCUUGUGCAGGCCUUGGUUCAGAAUGCCGUCGCCGGGUUUGAUUGCUCCAACUUGAGUAGCGAGCAACCACCAGCCGGUGUUCGGUUACAGAGGGUGGAGAGUUCAGCUGAAGGAGGUCGAGUUACAUUCAAUGACUGA